AGAGUAACACAGUUAACAGAACAACAACAACAACAACAAAGCAACAAUGCAUCAGCCAGCAGCUUGAAACUUUGUGGGCAACCCUCGCAAUUUCCCCCUCGACUCCGACCCCAGACGACGAGAAGAAGACACGACAAUUGAAAGCAACAACUGGAUAAACUAAAAGAGAAUCGAAAAUAUUUAUUUAGAUAAAUUGGAUUUAACUGAGAGAGAUCUUGAAGAGAGAUCUUAGGAUUGCAGCAUGGAUUGGGCCGAAGGGGAUUUGGUUUGGUUCGAUCCUGGAGUGGGACAUCCCAUUCCUGGUGAGAUCCAGGAAGUUCAUCGCGCUGCCCAAGUGAUUGUUGUCCAGGCCAUGAUCAAGGGCAAGGCACAAACAUUUGCGCUGCAGCCGGGCGAGGGCAGUUUGAGAGCACGCCAGGAUUUGGGCAGCAGCGGAGUGGAGGAUAUGACACUGCUCGACGAUCUGCACGAGGCGUCGCUGCUGUGGAAUCUGCGAUUGCGCUAUGACAAGGGAUUAAUCUACACGUUUGCCGGCAGCAUAUUGAUUGCCGUCAAUCCGUACAAAAUGUUCCCGGAUGCCUAUGGCCUGGAGGUGGCUAAACAGUAUGCCGGCCGUCCAUUGGGUGCACUACCACCCCAUCUGUUUGCAAUUGGAGCGGCGGCACAUGCGGCACUACCAUCACCUCAAGUUGUGGUUAUAUCGGGUGAAUCCGGUUCGGGUAAAACGGAAUCCACAAAACUGGUAAUGCAGUACCUGGCAGCGGUGGUACCGGGCGGUGGUAGUGCCUCAGCCGUCAUUACUGAGCAAAUUUUGGAGGCAGCACCAUUACUGGAGGCCUUUGGUAAUGCCCGAACCGCACGCAAUGAUAAUAGUUCAAGGUUUGGCAAAUAUUUGGAGGUUUAUUUCAAAAGUGGCGCCAUUGUGGGUGCCAAAAUUACGCAAUAUUUGCUGGAAAAGUCAAGAAUUGUCACCCAAGCACCCGGUGAACGCAAUUAUCAUGUGUUUUAUGAAAUGUUGGGUGGUCUAAGUGAAAGUGAAAGAUCCAAAUACGGUUUACUCGAAGCGGACAAGUAUUUCUAUCUGAAUCAAGGUGCUACGGAUUGUGCUUCGGGUCGGGUGGAUUGGGCAUCACUUUUGAGUGCCAUGCAAGUCUUGGGCGUUACAGAGGGCGAACGUGAGGGAAUUGUUCGCGUUUUGGCAGCUGUACUGCAUUUGGGCAACGUUUAUUUCCAUCGCCGUCAGCUGCGUCACGGACAGGAGGGAGUGGAAAUCGGUUCCGAUGCGGAAAUCAAAUGGGCCGCACAUUUGCUGCACAUCAGUGCGGAGGGAAUGCAUCGUGCUCUCACCAGUCGCAUCACGGAGGCAAGAGCUGAACGGCUGCACACUCCUUUAGGUAUUGAUCAAGCGCUGGAUGCGCGCGAUGCCUUUGCCAAAGCCUUGUACGCAGGACUUUUCAAUUGGCUCGUUUCCCGCAUCAAUUCGAUAGUACAGAAAGCGGGCACUCACGAUGCACAUCGCAUAUCGAUACUCGAUAUUUUUGGCUUUGAGGAUUUGGCGGAGAAUAGCUUUGAGCAACUGUGCAUCAACUAUGCCAAUGAGAAUCUGCAGUUGUAUUUCAACAAACAUGUAUUCAAAUUGGAGCAAGCGGAAUAUGCCAGGGAACGUUUGGAAUGGACACCAUUGGCAUGGGAUGAUAAUUUGCCAGUUAUACAUUUGCUGGCUAAGAAGCCCGUUGGCAUUUGUCAUCUGCUCGAUGAUGAGUCCAAUUUUCCGCGUGCCAGCGACUUGAGUUUUCUCGAAAAGUGUCAUUACAAUCAUGCGUUGAGUGAACUCUACGCGCGUCCACGCAUCGGAGCCCAGGAAUUUGGUGUUACACAUUAUGCGGGACAAGUUUGGUAUUGUGUGGAUGGUUUUUUGGAUAAGAAUCGCGAUGCUUUGCGCGGUGAUGUCUUGGAACUAUUGGCCACCUCACGUUUACAGCUGGUCAGUGACCUGACCAAGCAGCUGCGAGCACAAAGGGAUGCCGGCAAGACCCUACCAAAGGGUAGCAACGGUCGUUUUGUGACCAUGAAACCGCGUACGCCUACAGUGGCUGCCAGAUUUGCGGACUCAUUGCAGCAAUUGCUGCAAUCGAUGGGACGCUGUCAUCCCUGGUUUGUGCGCUGCAUUAAGCCGAAUCAGGAGAAGCAACCCUUGCGCAUGGACAUGCCGUGUGUACUGCAACAGCUGCGAUAUUUGGGCAUGCUGGAUACCAUACAGAUACGUCAGCGCGGUUAUCCGGUGCGUUUGCGCUUCCAGCAUUUUGUGGAGCGUUAUCGGCAUUUAUCGGGCUCGCCAUUUUCGCGUGGUACACCCUAUCGCGAAUUGUGCCGCUUGCUGUUGGAAGAAAUGCCGCGUACGGGCGUUGAAGGGCCGGAUUAUCAGCUGGGUGCUACGCGCGUGUUUCUCAGGGAAGCGCUACAUCGCGCCUUGGAAAGCGGACGCACGGAACGGCUGCGUCAGGCGGCGGUGCAUAUACAGCGUCAUGUGCGCGGCAUGCUGGUGCGUCGUCAACUCCAGAGGCGUCAGGUGGCCGCUGUCAAAUUGCAGGCACUGUGGCGCUCGCAACGCCAGCAGCAACGCUAUCAACGCUUGCGUCAUGGCGCGCGUACCGUGCAACGUUUGUGGCGCGGCAAGCUGGCAAGGAAACGCGUACAGCAGCUGCGCUCCGAUCAUCGGCGCAGGCAGGAGGCUCGCGAGGCGGCGCAGCGUGCGCGGGAGGCCCGGGAGGCCAAACAGGCGGUCCUCGAGCGCAGUCAAUUGAGCUAUCUGGAUAUACCCGCCGAAUUGGCAUUCAUCUAUUCGAAACUGCAGGGCUGGCAUCCGCCGCACAGUGAUCGUCAUCUCGUCAAGGUGCUGGGCACCGUGCCAGGUCCUCCUUUGGCCAGUGCACAACUGCCCGCGGAUCUGGCACAGUUUAGCUUUGGCAAGUUCAGCAGCGUCUACUGCAACGGAUUGAGAUUGCAGCCACGUCGGGAACCGAUUACGGCGCCACUGCUGACACGAGCUGCAUCCCGGGAUCAGGAUUUCCAGGAUGCUCUGGCUGUAUUUAAAUUGAUACUGCGCUGGAGCAACGAUAAGGCGCUGGAGGGCGAGGGCGCCAAGGAGAAGCUACUUUCCGAUUAUAUAGUGCACAAGGCGUUGAGCUCGAGAGGAUUACGUGAUGAGAUUCUCGUGCAGCUCUGCAAUCAGCUGCAUGGCGCGGAUUCGGUUUUGAGUACACGUCUCUGGCAAUUGCUGGGACAGUGUUUGUGUUGCUUCCAGCCGAGUGCGGCCUUCAGUAAAUACCUGUUGAAAUUCAUCACUGAUGAGGGACCAGCUCCGCCCACUCGCCAGCUGCUGCAGCGUCAGCUGUUGCGUCAACAGAGCGCCGGAGGAUCGGCAGGCGCAUCGUCCUCCAGGAGUUUUGUGCCCUCCUGGCUGGAAUGGCGUGCCUGGUCAAAGGGCUGCGAUAUGGCUUUACCCUUGACACUGCCGGAUGAGGCCAGUCAAACGGUCGCUGUCGAUUCCUGGACUAGUUGCGAGGAGGCGGCCGCCUUGGCGGUAUCUCAACUGGGCGUGGCCAGUCGCGGUUGGACUCUGGUGCUGGACGAUGGUCAACAGCUGACGGACAGCUGUGGCCUCGAUUAUGUCAUGGAUCUGAUUGCCGAGAAGGAACUGUGUCCCGCAUUCCCUGCGCCACGCAGUGAUCUACUCCGUUCCGGCGCGAAAUUCACGCGCACCACUUUACCGGAUGCGGUCAAACGUCCGGGUGUACCGCCACCGGCACCGCCCACAAGCGCUGGCGUGGCAGCAACAGGAGGAGGAAUAGGAGCAGCUAUAAGCAAACGGGAGCAACUGGAGGAGCAGUUGGAGGACUCGGCGCCGCAGCGUCGCAGCAGUCGGGAAUUGCUCUCGCGCAGUUCGGCGCUGAACGAGCGUUACUUUGAGCGCACCGAGGAGCCGAUAACACCGCAUCUGCUGCCCGGAGCACAGUCCAAGUCGCGUUCCAAGUCGCUGGAUGAUUUGCUGGCUGGCGAUAUGGGUAGUCAACAGUUGCCGCUGCCGGAUAGCGAUUCGCAGGAGUCGCCAUUGCACUCGCAUGCCUUGGGUCUGUCCGAGAGUCGUCUGAACGAGCGUUAUCAUUCGGCGGAGCGACUUGCUCCGAUGGGCAAAGAAACCGCGCCGCGUUAUCAAAAAUCUCAGCAUGCCGGACGAAGAUCACAUGCGGCCUCACAUGGCUCCGCACACUCGAGUAAAUAUAAUAUGGAUAAAUCGGAGUAUGCGACACGAUCCUCGGCCAUGUCGGACACGAGUGAAGCGCCCUCUCUGGCCUCGCAUGUGAGACGCGUGCGUGUGCCGUCCCAGGCCUCGGAUGUCGAUCAGUUUCUGGAUGAUUUGUUUAGUCCCGUGCUGGAUGGUUCACUCGAUGAGCUCUCCGAUGCGCGCUCCUUGGCAGCCAGCAUACGUGGAGGUGCUCCUCAAAAUCUAGCUGAAUUUCUAGUGCAAACAAUGGAUGAUACGGACGAUGAUUUGGCUGAUGAUUUGGAUGAUUAUCUUCUAGCACUACAGUCUCCACAGCAGCUGGUGACGGCCAUUAAAGGUGGCGGCAGUACCGAUCAUAGCAAUACAACGGCCGCUGAUCCUCUACUGCAUCAGCUGAUGCAUCAAUUGCCCGGUGCCGAGUCACCUGAUGCUGCCCCCGCUGCACUCUAUCAACAGCAGGUGCAACGCGCCUUUCUUCAGUCCGCCAUGGCGCAGAAUCUGCAAAUCCAACAGCAGCUGCUCGCUCAGAAUCAGGCACUGCAGACCCUUCUCAGUCAGCAGGCAACCAACAGGGAAUCCAAUGGCACUUCGAAUUCGAACUCGAAUGCAGCUCCCUCAGCUGCGCUGAGCAUUUCGCCUCCUCCGGCGCCAUCUCCGCUCCGACUGAAGAGCACGGCGCUGAUGACGACGACAACGAGGAGCAGCAGCUUGGUGCUGGAGGCAACAACGUCAGCGUCAACUUCGGCGGUGGCACCACCGCCUCCACCGCCACCGCCACCAAUGCCGCCACCACUCGAAAGCAAGGAUCCAUCGGAGACACGUCAUUUCCUGGAUCCCUAUGGACGUGCCAAGACGGUGAGGAUUGGCAAAUGGCGCUGGCCGCCACCGCAAGGUGAACCACAAUUCCAGACCGAGGAGGAUUUCUUUGCCUUCAAGCUGCGACAGCAGCAGCGGAAAACGACGCCGACGCAGGCGCAGCAUACAACGGCCAUUGAGUGGGAGGAAUUUGAAAUAGAGGAGGAGGAGCGAAGAGGAGCUGGCGUUGGAGGCGCUCGAAGAAGCAGCAUGAGAAUUGAGAUGUUGAACUCUCGAGAUGUACAAGAUUCAAUGACAGCAACAACAACGACCACAACAACAGCAACAUCAGCUGCAACGGCAGCAACAUCAAAUACAAAAUUGGCUAAAAAGAGCUUCGAAAUUGGCGCUGAUCGUCCGCCUCCGGGCAGUGUUGGCAAGCUGAAGCUCAGCUCGGAGAUGCGUCAACGCUUGGAGCAGGUGACAGCGGGUCAUUCGGUGCGUUCCACAGUCUCCAACAAGUCGGAGCAACGUGCCCAGCCCGCCAAACUGGAGGAUACACGCAAAUUGAUGCUGCAACAGCAGCUGGGCGGUCUCUUUGCCAGCGUCAAUGCGACCACAACGACGACAACGACCAUGAUGGCACCACCAGCUGAAUCUCUGGCCACGGUGCGCACCCAGAUAGAACGCAUGGAGGGACAAUUGUCACCGACUCCGAAUGUCGCCGGUUCGUGGCCGGGAUUAAUGCUGCCGCCGGCGCCGAGUGUGCCAGCACCGCCGCCGCCAAUACGACCGCCUAGCAUGGCACCGCCAGCACCACCGCCGGCACCACAAUCGCCACCAGGGCUGCAGCAUCAGCAACUACAGCAAACUCCCGAGCCGACGCCGGAUUAUCGACAGGAGCAUGUACCAUCAUUUAUACAGCGUCAGGAGCGCGAUACCUUUGGUGCAGUGCAUCAUCAUCUGCAUCAUCAGCAGCAGCAACACCAGCAGCAGCACCAGCAGCAACAGUUGUCGUUGCAGCAGCAACAGUUGUCGCUGCACCAGCAACAGAUGUCGCUACAUCAGGAUCCGGUUUGGGAUCAGGAAUUGCAAACGGAACGCGAACGGUCGCGUAGUCGCAGUCGCUCUAGGGAUCGUGAGGAUUACUCCGAGUCCGUGUGGGAUCGUGCCGAGGUCGAGGGACCGGCUUCGGGUAAUGGCAGUGGCAGCGAGAAGGAGCGCGAGAAGCGGGAACGCGAGAGGGAGCGACUGUACGAGCUGCGUCAGGUGGAGCGGGAGAAGGAAAGUCACAAGGUGUAUCAGCCAGCGCCGCCGAGAAUUAUACAAGCGAAUCUGGAGACGACGGGCGGCAAGCGGGAGCGGGAGCGAGAAAGGGAACGAGAGAGGGAGCGGGAACGGGAGCGGGAAAGAGAACGCGAGAGAGAAAGAGAACGAGAGAGAGAUCGAGAGCGAGAACGGGAGAGAGAUCGCGAGCCGGCCACCUUCCGCACUCACAUGGCCCAGAAAUACGAGCACGAGCGGAAGCGCAAGAGUUCCGCCAGCUCCGGUGGAGUACGGGAGGAACUACACGACUCCUCCAUGUCGCCAGUGGUGGUACCUGCCCCAGUGCCGCCCCCCGUCACGCCCACAUCAUCCGCAACGGCAACGGGCAACAACUCUGCUGUUGGCCUAGGAACGGUAGCUGCAGCUGGUUCAGGACUUGGAGCCGGUUCGACCGCCUGUCUCACCUACAAUCGGGUGCCCUGGAAGCUCCGCGUGCGCAAGGAGGUCUUUCAACCGCAUGAGGCGAUUGGUCCGCCCGUGGCAUUGGAUCUACUUUUCGCCCAGGUGCUGAGUGAUGUGUUUGGGGUGACACCCUGUUUGCGGAUAACGCCGCAGGAGAAGAACGCCGCCUUGAAUAUGCUGCAUGGGCAUGGCGUAAGUGUGGACACACUGGCCGCACCGCGCAGCCAACAGGUGCGUGCUCUUGUCAAGCGUCAUCUGGUGGAUAUGGCACGCGAUUGGCCGCUCUACUUUGCACGACUCUUUGCGGUACAGGGUGCUCCGCUUUAUCCCGAUGUUUCCAUCAUGGGCGUCUCGCACAGUGGCCUCUAUUUGGCCCGUCGCGAUGCCGAUUAUCUGAUUGUCGUGCAGGCCAUUAACUUUGCUGAGAUCCAGAAUGCGGUCACCCUUCCUCGUCCCGCUGCCCUGCAGCUCAAUCUGCGCAAUGGAAAGCACCUGGCGUUGCAUGCCACACGCGCUGCCGCCAUUCAGUCCAUGAUCACCGGAUUCGUCGCCGAGUAUCGCAAGUCCCAAUCGAAGGCCUCGACACUGUCCUCGGGAGCUCGAGCUGCCGCCCAGACAUUGAAUGUGCCUCUGGAGCGUUUGGAGUCGCGUCAAACUCAACAUGGCCAACAACGCAAUGAACACGGCCAUUCCAAUGGCAACGAUGCGGCUGAGCAGCAGUUGGUGGAGCUGCAUCAUCAUCAACAGCAGCAGCAGCAGCAACUGCAACACCAGCAACACCAACAUCAACAGCAGCAACAUCAGCUGGAGGAUGCGGCAGAGGAGCAACAAUUGUUGGAACAACAACGUUAUAUGAAACAGCAAAGUUAUUUGCACUCGGCACGCAAAUCAAAUGCUGGCCAACAGCCAAAUUCCCUCACCAAUGGCCAACAGUUGCAGCAGCAACACCAACAGCAACAGCAACAUCACGAUCUUGACGGCAGCAAUUACAUGCAGGACGAGAGCAAUGGAGGCACUCCCCCCUCAGUCACCAAGUAUUCCCUGCUUCAGUUCGCCAUGCAACAUUUCCGCAAUGAUCAAUUACGCGAUGCUGAUCGUCAUCACGAACGACAUCAAUCGUCGGCUGCAAAUCGCUCGUAUGCGGAGCUCGUCAAGUGGCAAGGUCAUGCCAUCAGGUUGCCACUGCUCCGACUGCCCAAUGAUCUGGCACCUCUGGCGCUCGAAUGCUUCGAUUGCAUUUUACGCUAUUGCGGGGAUAUACCUCUCGAUCCCGAGCUCACCGAGGUCAAGUGCGUUUACACCGUGCUAAUGCAUUGUCACAAAUAUCUGGCGCUACGGGAUGAAGUCUACUGUCAGCUGAUGAAACAGACUACAGCGAAUCGUUCACCGUGUCCGGAUAGUUCGCAACGUGCCUGGCGACUGUUGAGCAUUUUGGCCGCCUACUUUGGCUGCUCGGAUGCACUGCGUCCGUAUUUGAUGGAGCAUCUGACAUCGGCUGCCUCGGAUCGUCGUCGUUCGUGCCAUGGCACCGCCGCCGUUUGUCUAACGAAUCUACGGAAGACGGCACGUUGUGGCGGAAGAAAGAAUGUGCCGAGUGUGGAAGAGGUGACGGCUGUAUCGGCGGGACGGUCGGCAAGACGACAAAUCUAUCGGUUGCCAGGUGGUGCAGAGCGUGUGGUGAACACACGUUGUUCCACGGUGGUUGCCGAUGUCAUUGCCGAGCUGUGUGCACUACUCGGCGUGGAGUCGGAGGCGGAACAGCAGGAGUUCUCGCUAUAUUGUAUUGUGCAGGGAGAUGCGUUCACAAUGCCACUGGCAGCCGAUGAAUAUAUACUGGAUGUGACGACGGAAUUGCUGAAAUCGGGACAACCGUUCUAUUUGAUAUUCUGUCGAUCCGUUUGGCAUUUUGCACUGAAACGCGAACCGGCUCCGAUGCCGCUCUAUGUGGAGGUACUCUUCAAUCAGGUGGCACCCGAUUAUCUGGAGGGCUUGCUGCUGGAAUUACCGGGUAAUGGAGUACCUAUGCCGGAGAUGGUACGUGACAUGGCCCGGAUUGCAGCACUACUGCAUCGUGCGGCGGAUUUGAGUCAUGUGCCAGCCAUGAAGGAGAUUAAAUUCCUGUUGCCCAAGCCGGCAUUGGGUAUACGCGAGAUACGUCCCGCCCAGUGGGUGGGAUUGGUGCAAUCCGCCUGGCCGCAGGUGGUCAAUCUCAGUCCCGGUCAGGUGAAGGCACAAUUUCUGAAUGUCCUUGCCACCUGGCCGCUCUUUGGCAGCAGUUUCUUUGCCGUGAAACGCAUCUGGGCCGAGGAGGGCGCCGGUCCCCAUGUCGAGGAUAAUAACCAUAGUCCCAUGUGGCGCGAUCUGAUUCUGGCCUUGAAUAGACGCGGAGUGCUAUUCUUGGAUCCAAAUACCCAUGAGACGCUGCAGCAUUGGAGCUUCAUGGAGGUCAUCUCUACGCGCAAGGUGCGCUCGGAGGAUGGAGCCCUGUUUCUGGACAUGAAGGUGGGCAACCUGAUGCAACAGCGCGUUAUUCGCGUCCAGACGGAACAGGCUCACGAGAUCUCCCGAUUGGUGAGACAAUAUAUAACCAUGGCGCAGAUCAGUCAACGCGAUAAGCGGGAGCUUAACUAGAAGAAGAAGCAACAACAACAACAGCAACUUUAAGAACAACAACAACAACGAACAACAUUUCGAAUAUGUUUAUUAUUAUAAUAUUAUUAUACAUUAUACAUUAAUUCCCGCUACAUUUUUUUUGUCAUUCUCUAAGCUAAGCAUAUACCAUCUUAUAUAUUUAUAUAUAUAGUCUGCCCAGAUAAUACCUAUAUAUAGAUCAGGGGGAAUUCUUCUUCUUUUUGCUGGCACGUCCCGUAGGCCAUAUUAAUAUUUUCCCUUCCCUCCCUUCCUCGCCUCCUUCAAUACAUCACAUUCCAAUAUAUGUAUUUUUAUAUUUGAACAAUUUUUGUUCUUAUCUUAAGUAACAAUGUGCAAUCUCUCCUCUUCUCUCUCUUACUUUAUUUCUCCAUCUAACUUUUUUUUUCUAUAAGCAACUCAGAUAUUGACACACAUUUCUAUUAGCAUUUAAGCAAAUCUUUUAUAUUAUAUAUAUAUACAAUGUAUUUUUUUUUUUUUGAAAAUUUGUUAAACGAAAUUCGAAGAUUAGUUUAAAACCUGAUACAAAUAAACUCCAUAUAAUAAUUAA